AUUGCAUUACAAUCAUUUACUAUCCCUUCAAAUUUCACUUUUACUUCAGUAGGCCUAGAGGAGCACAUUGCCAAGCUGGUGUCGUGCCGAAAAGAGAUUUUCCGCUGAAAACUGAUGUUUGACGCAUUUUAGGAAGUGAUACGCCCUUCAAGGUGGCGGAGAAAUGAGAAGAGCCCAUGUACGAUAACAACUCUCAUUUCCUCCGAUCAACGUGAAGGCAGCAUGAUGGCUCUCUGGUCACCAUAGCAACGAGACGCCGCGAGGCAGCAGGACCAGAUGAAACAUUCACGACUCAUCGUCUCUUGUAGCAAAGUUACUUUUCACCCAACUACAUCUAUAUUUUUGCGCAAUUAGUGAACUGAAGUCGGAGAGCCGCCAUUUCUAAGUAGCUGCUGGCACAACUUACACACGGAGGUUGACACUCAAAGGUUAGCUGUGCCGAAUAAUGCCUUUGCUAGUGACCGACUACUCAUGGACACAGACAGAUUCGACGGUUUAUAUAAGUGUGCCUUUAAAAGGAGCGACAGUUGGGAAAGUGGACAUCCUGUCUACAGAUGAAUAUCUCAAGGUGCACUACCCACCAUACCUGUUUGAAGCCUUCCUGUUUGAACCUGUUGAUGAUACCAGAAGCACAGCAAAGGUUGGAAAUGGAUGUGUAGUGCUCAGUUUGCCUAAGAGGACCAACACAGUGUGGGAGCAUCUGAUGAUAACUACAAUUGAUAGAGAAAAGAAAAAGGAGGUCAGAGAAAGGGCUCUGUUGAAAUACCAGGAAAAGCUUUCUUCAGACUCCAGAUCCAAGGCAGAGAAACAGCAUGCAGAGAAACAAUACGCACUGCAGACAAUGAUGAAGCUUGAAAAGGAGGAAAGAGACAGUAUCCAGAAAAUGAAGGACACUGAGCGAGAGAAAACCACAGCAGAGCUGGAAGCAUGGCAACUGAGACAGAAUGAAAAAUCAGAGAAAGAAGGCCAGCUAAAACUUCAGAGUCAGAGAGGCAAUCAAAACAAACCGAAAGCCAUGACAGCGAAGCAGGAAGGCGGAUGUUCAGCUGGAGGAAAGGUCAAACUGGAUCAUAAUUGCAAUAGUGAAGCAAAAAGCAAGAAAAAACAAGCGGACCUGCCUGCUCCAAGACUUGUUGGAAAUAUUCAAGUCACAUUUACCCCACGAGUUUUCCCAACAGCCCUCAGGGAAUCGAGAGUGGCCGAGGAGGAAGAGUGGCUCAAAAAACAAGCUGAAGCCAGACGUGCAGUAAAUGCAGAUGUUGAAGAUCUGAUGGACCUGAAAGAACAGAGGAACCCUGACUGGUUAAAGGACAAAGGAGACAAAUGUUUUGUGGCUGGGGACUACCUGGGUGCAGUGAAUGCCUACAACCUGGCUAUCAGGCUCAACAGAAAGAUCCCAGCUCUGUAUUCAAACAGGGCUGCAUGUCAUCUGAAGCUGAGGAAUUUUCACAAAGCCAUUGAGGAUGCCUCUCAGGCACUUGAUCUGUUGACUCCACCAGUUGCUGCAAACGCAGCUGCCAGAGCCAGAGCCAGCGUCCGCCGAGGAUCUGCUUUCUGCCAGCUACAGCUCUAUGCAGAAGCGCUACAAGACUACCAAGCUGCUCUAAAGAUCAACCCUCAUGAUGAAGCGCUGCAGACAGACACGCAGAGAAUCAGAGACAUUAUUCAAGGCACUGCAGCUAACCCAGAGCCAUACUGAGACAGAGAAAAUGUACUGCAUAUAUUAUGUAUGACUGUUUGUGUUGUUUGUCUGUUGCCCACAUCAGCUUCAGCCCUGAAAAAGUUAGGUAAAGUGUGUUUUACUGAAGAAUAUGCUGUGGAGUACAUGGGAGACACUCUUAGAAUCAGUAGAGCACCCUCGUGUGGCUAAAUGUUGCACCUCCUAAAAUGAAUUGCAAACAAUGGAUGAUUACAUUACAGCCUCUUCAGUUGUAGUAUGUACCUGACUCAGUUAAUAAAAUACAUUUUUUAAGUUUUAAAA